GGAAGGUAUCCAAAUCAUAUGAACGACUGGGGAAGCUAGGAGGUUGUACUUGCUGAAAAACGCCUUUCAAGGAGGUUGUUUUCAUAUCUUUUGCAAGGGGACAAACAACCACGUACCAUUGGAGGAGGUCAUAUAGCUACCAUUUUAAAGCAAGUAAUCCAUAACCAAUCAUCGUUGGCCGGAGUUUUGACCAAUGGACUUAGAGAGGACAAAUUUAGGAGCUAAUUAAGGGGGUAGAUAUUCGGUUGAUUUGGGUAACCUCCAACGCAAUCGAAGGAACGAGAUUGGGAAGAAAUCCCGCAAAGGUAAAGAACUUGCCGGUUCUUCAUCUCAAAGCCGAGAUGAUUUUGAAACGGGUUACCAAAGGCGAGAUGGAGAUGCGAUGUCCGAAGAACAACUCCAACAAGAAUUGGUCCGACAUAAUAACCGCUUUCUACAACAACAACAAAUGCCGACGACCAUUGACGAAGAGGAGCUUGAGGAUGAAGAUGCGGAGGAAUUGGAACCGGAGACGGCCGAGGAGGAGGGUGCCGGCAGCCACGACGCCGACGCGCCUGCCUCAUCCCAAACCGCCACCGGUAAUAAAAAAAGUAAGUCUGAACUAAUGAAAAAUAAUUUUGAUAAAUGGAAGGACCCACAAACCGGCUAUUGGCACGCAACUUGCAAGUGGUGCAACAACAAUUAUAGUUUGGGAACCUCCGGCGGAUACGGAUCCGCCGCAAGGCAUCUUAAGGCAAAGCACCCCGUGGAGUAUGCAAAAUUAGGCGGCAGAACGGGGAAGCAAACUCAAAUAUCGAGAAAAUGAUGACUUUGACGUUCUAGACUGGUGGAAGUCAAAAGAAAGAACGUUCCCGAUUUUAGCACGGAUGGCUAAGCAAGUACUAUCAAUGUCGGUUUCAACAGUUGCUGUGGAACAAGAAUUUAGUUCGGCCGGCAACGUCCUAACGGCAUCUAGAUCGAGAUUGAGCGCGGAGUCUCUUGAGACGCUUAUAUGCUACCACGAUUGGUUGAAGGCCGCACGUAGAACUCAAGAAUUGAGCAUCACCCCCUCCCAAGAUUUUAUGGAUAACUCAACAACCGAUGGUGGCUCUACCUAUGCCGGAGAUUCCGAUUGAUUAGUAUUUUAGAAUUUAUUACAAAAUGUAUUUUAUAGCA